UUUUAACUAGUUAGCGCUUUCAACAAAAACAGCAAAACAAACACUUCUGUUAAAUCCAUUGGUGUAAGAAGACAACAUGGUUAAAUCAAGUCUGUGGCCUGCGUGAGUUUUUUUUGUUUAACAUGAAGUUAGGUAAAUUAUGUCAAUUAAAAAGUGUUUGCUAUUAUGACAUUCUUCGUUGCUUAUUUUACGAAAAAACAAUUUUAAAUGUGACGCUUAUAUUUUUUAAUGUGAUUACAUAUAGGAAUAUAUAUUGGAAGAUACUGCAUGGACACUUAACUGCCUUUAGAUUACACUUAAUCAUUUGGAAUAACUUAUUGAGACUUUCGUAUACAAAAAUUAAAAAUUCAAUUAUAAAAAUAUAUAUAAAAUUUUUCUUAAUAUACGUCACAUAAUAUAAAAUACAUAAAAUAACAGAAGAUGGCAUUCCUAGGUCAACAGAAUUAUCUUCAGACCAAUUUCCAUGCACAAUUGGCACACAAUUCACUACAGACAGCUGCCACGCCUAACAGCGUUCUCCGUCAUAUUAAGUCAGUACAUGAUCUUUCCACUCAAAUUGUAAACGAACUGGGUACUACAGACAUAGCAAUUGGGGAUGCAACCGCGGAGAUUAUGAUAACGACGCUUGGUAAAAUCCCCAAUGAAAUGUAUUAUCUGGAGGAUACGACGAUUGGGAAAAAAAUCGCACCUCACGGCGAGUCGCGAGCGAUACUCGAUCAAAACUACACCACCCUGGCCACCUCGAUCGAGGCCGGCGAGUACCCGGAACGUUCGACAGUGCUGAUCGCUUUGCUGACGACGCUCGUGUUCAUAUUAUUCAUGUGUUGCGUGACGGCGUGCAUUAUCGCGAGAUCCAGGAGCAGGCGGCACGCCUUCCUCGCGAAAAGCGACGUCGAGUGCAGCCCGGAUUGCAGGGGUGUUAACCAGCCCCUGCUGGACAAGGCCUCCGACACGACCACCAGAACCAGCUCGACGCGGAACUGAGGCGAGAGGAGCGCCCGAGGAGCGUCUCGACCAUGUGAUCGCUCCUCAACUUCACCCGGAACUCGACGAAGCGCCUCGCCGUGGAGUGGCCGUUCCUAACCUCAAAAUUGUCACGCGCGAACUGUCGCGAGACACGAGUACCCACGUAUGAAAGAAAAAAAGAAGCGGGACGCACAGUGAACGUCCGUAUGAUCGAUGGAGAGAGCAGGAGAGAGGCAGAAUCCUUGCGAGGGUGGAAAGAAAACGGAAAAUAAGGAGGAA